UAAGCCUAUUGCUCACUACAACACUUGACUUAUCUAAAGUGGCACAGUUUAGCCGGAGCUCCACCAAUUCGCUGGCGUCCUGUCCCUGAUACAGUCAGAAGACUAUAGACUCAAAUCAAACCAAAGAAACCGAGGAGCUAUAUUCCACCAAAGAGGAGUCUAGGAGUAAGUCAGCGGAGGAGAACUGUGAAGUUAUUUAGGUACACCAGAAGCAGGGGCAGCCAGCCGGGCGAUCUGAGUGUUUCCUGACUUUGAUGUGACCCGAGUGUGCCUGGAGCAUGUCCACAGUGGGCCUGACUGCCCAGGAGAUCUCAUUUCCCAUAGAAAACCCCUUCCUGAGGGGCAGCUACUGUCACAGCAUGGCCAAACCCUCCUGGAGCUAUCGCCAUGAGCUGGACAACUUCUACUUCAGUAUGGACACUGCACACACAGAUCACAGCUCUCGUGCCCAGCAUAAGGGGCCACCUCCACCGUCUCUAAGUCAUGAAAGACAUAAACACAGUUUCAGCUCACAGAGAUUACCUCCAAAGAAAUCCCGGCCCUCCCAUCUCUCCCUGUCCUGCAGUGCUGAACCAUCCACCCCAAGUCCUGCUGAUGACGACCAGGUGGUUCCCUCAUUCCAGAGGCUCUCAGUGUACGAGUGCAGCAGUCCCCCACAGACGCCAGGCAGAUGCUCUAAGCCUCUGCCCCCCAUCCCUCCACAAACCGACAUCUCUCCUGAGCAGGCUAUGGACAGUGAGGUAGAAUUUUUUACAAGUUCGGACGACAGCCGCUGCCUGGUGUCUGAUCAGUGUCCAAAAUUGUCUCCUUUUCGAUAUGGAGUCCCCAGUCGAAGGAGCUUCAGGGACUGCGGCCAGAUUAACUAUGCUUACUACGAUGGGCCAUUAGGGCCGCAAAGCCAGAGGAAGCCCCAACAGCAGCAUCAAGCACAUCAUCCGCAGGAAGCGCGGGAACAGUAUGAGCAGCAGCGACAGGAACCACCUGAGCCAGUGGUCUGUCAGAGACAGCAGGAUAAAGCUCAGAGGAGGCUACGACGAUCGCACUCUGGCCCAGCUGGAUCCUUUAACAAGCCCUCGCUGCUGCGCCUCACGUGCCACAAACGCCACACCCAAAGUAUGGAUAAGCCCGAGGUGCCACCCCCAAUCCCUCCUCGAACAAUCAAGACAGGAGACUAUCGCCGCUGGUCAGCAGAGGUCUCGUCAGGGGCUUACAGCGAUGAGGACAAACCACCCAAGGUGCCCCCAAGGGAACCUUUGUCCAGAAGCAGCUCCCGCACCCCCAGCCCCAAGAGCCUCCCCACAUACAUUAAUGGGGUGAUGCCACCCACCCAAAGCUUUGCACCGGAUCCUAAGUAUGUAAGCUGUCGGGGUUUACAGAGACAGAACAGUGAGGGCUCCCCCUGCAUCCUCCCUGUUAUGGAGAACGGCAAAAAGGCCAGCACCACACAUUACUAUCUCUUGCCUCAGCGAUUUCUUCGUGUCAUUAACAGCCCUGGAGCUCACAAUACAGAUGGAUCAGACUCAGACUGGGACUGUCACACCAGUGGGAAAGCACAUGUGGAUUUAGAUUAAAAAGUUUUAGUGGAAGUAGCAGAGGACUCUACUGUAAAUGAGCAAAAACCACUUGAAAAAUGGUGAAACUGGACGCUAUCAACCCUCAAACCGCUGCUUUUACCUUCUUUUUUUUAACCUCUAUGUAUUCUGAACACACAGGGUGUGUGCGCACUGUAAUCAGUUACUGGUAAUGUUGGAAUAGCUAUCACAACCGAGAUAUUUCAUGUAAAAACUGUAUCUCUGACAAUAGAUUGUGGGCAAAAUUCAACAUUGUAGAUCUUAUUUUUGAUGUGCUUUUUAUUACAUGACAUUCAAUAUUGUGCUGUUUUUAUUGAUGAUGUGGUACAGUCAGAAGGUACAAGCGGGCCUUGAACCUUGUGUGUUCAGUGUUUUCGGUGUCUGGAAGGUUAAGGAUGUUUUGUGAGAUGCAUUGAUGCUGCUUAUGUAUCUCACAAGAGACAGGUCAGUAAUGUAACCAUGUAUAACUUAAUGUAUGAAGUCUAAAUACAAGGACAGUUAAUUUUUAACAAAAUGAAGGAUGCUAGCACACAAAUCUCUUUUCUGUUUGCUAUUAUAUAUCAACACGAUAUGGUUUCCCUGCCUUGAUGAAGUUUCAGUUUUACUUAGGCCACUCUAUCUGUGUAAAUGUUGUUUUCCACAUGGUAUAUUUUGUACUAAGAUGUGGGUGCAUUACUGGUAGCUACGCAUGUUCCAUUGGAAUGUUUAGUGCAGCUUAAAUGGUGUAGUUGUUGGUUAAUGAGUGAGUGUGUGUGUGUCUGUGUGUAUGUAUGUGCAUGGACGUGUUUGUGCAUACGUGCAUGUGAACAGCAGUUGGAAAAGUGUUCUGGUGAGACUUUAUAAAAAGGCUUUCUACAAUUGGUAGAAAACUGUCAACUAUACUUGUUACUGUGCUCUGCUUAUUUGCAGCACCUGCGUUUGAGUACAGCCCUCUAAAAAGUAAUUGCUUUCUUUUAGUGUCCAGGUCUGUUUUGUUGCACAGAAACUGACCUGUUGAACAUUAAGGGAAUGUAUGCUAUCCUUACCGAAAUUUUAUCAAACAGUUGGAGGAGCAUAGCUUUGUCAAGCUGUGAUUCAUUGCUUGGAACUAAUUUGCGUCAAAGUACUACUGUACCUCCCUUUUGAAAUAAAUCAUGUAUUUCACUUAUUAAAGGCAACAUCUAAAAUUAUAAUCUACAAAAGAUGAAGUAACCGCUCCAUAUGUGACUUGACAUACAAUUUAAAUUCAGUUAAGUGUAAGACAAAGUCAAUUCUACCUGGAUUUCCUUAAAUAGAGAUUUUAGAUCACGCAGAUCUUAGAUCACGAAGUUGUUGGGCUAACAUGUUAAUACAGACGCAUUACACAGACAGUGCAGGGUUUACCUACCUGACACAGACUUUCCUGUUCUGCUCAUGCAUUCCUGCCUUACAUGAUUGCAGUGGGUGUGGUCAGAGAGACUUUGGCUGCUGGCAGCCUAGAAAAUGUAUGCAUUUUUGUUGUAGAUGAUUCAAGAAGCAUCAGGAUGAUAUAGUAAAUGUAGCACACGUAUUGAAGUAACCCUUUGUAUCGAACACGGUGUUCAGUUUGGGAAACAUAACUGUUAAGGUCAAAUAUGAAAUAUACUUUUUCUCUCCCUCCUGCUCACAAAACCUUGCCAACACAAUGUUGCUUUUGACUUAAAUGUCUGAAAAAUGUUUACAUCAUACACUGAUACUAUUUAAUCUUAAGGUAUUCAUGUCUUAUUAGAAAUAAUAAAACUGAAUGAAGACUAGUUUAAGAAAUAACUUCUCUGCUGUGGUGAAGACAUGCACUGGGAGAAUACAGUAUGCUGUGUACAGUAUUUAACAAUUCCAUUUGUUAUGAAUAGUUGAUAAGUAUAUAGUCUUUAAAAAAGAAAGCAAAAUAAAAUGAAUUAUUUAUGAA